AUGCGCUCCAGCAUUGCCUGCUCCCGCUGUCGCCGGAGCAAAAUCAAAUGCGUCAAUGCCGGUAUUGACACCACCUGCCGCGCCUGCGAGUCGUCCGGCCGCGUCUGUGUCUAUCCCCAGCCCGCCAUCGGCGCUGGCGGUGCGAAACGAGACAUCGCGGCCACCGUCGACGGCGACGAUCGAAACGGUGACUGGGACAGUCCCAAGCGACAACGCUCCAGAAAGGCCGUGGGCCCCUCCGGGCCUGCUGCCAAGGAUGCCAGCAAGACCAACGUCGACGUCCUCGACUCGUCCAUCCUCACCGUCAAGGUCUGGGAGACCUUGUUCGAGCUGUUCCAAUCCCACUUCGCUACCGUCCUCCCCUUCCUCCAUCCCACCACCUUCUUGAAUCAGAUCCGCCAACUGUCCGCGUCCCAGCCCGAUGGCCAGCCCGAGCAGCCCUCGCAGAGCCCCGGUCCCAAGCCGGAACCCUCGCCCUUGAUCCUGCUGGGCGUGCUGGCCCUGACCGCCCGCUUCCACCCGCAGCUGGUCGCCUACCACUCGCCGUCCGCGCCCAACAAUCCCUCGAACCCGCUGGUGGCCUCCGAGUUCUACGCGUCCGCCCUGCGGAACCGUCUCGCCGGCCCCGACGGCAUGGGCCUGGCCGUGCCCGACCUGACGCGCGUGCAGGCCCUGUUGAUGCUGGCGUUGCACGAAUGGGGCAUGUGCCGGGGCAAGAGCGCCUGGGUCUACGUGGGCAUGGCCAUCCGGCUCUCACAGGCCAUGGGUCUCCCCUUCGAACUGGAGAACGAGACGGCCCGCUCGCCCGCCCUGAAGGUCGAAGCCGAUCAUUUCGGGCUCCCGCGCCGAAAGGAGUCGCGCGAGCAGAAUUCCGACGACGUGAUUCUCCAGGAGACCAAGCGACGCACCUUCUGGGCCUGCUUCAUCAUGGACCGCUGUCUGAGCAGCGGCAAGUAUCGGCCGCGCAUGAUCAAGGUGCGUGACCUGGCCAUCCAGCUGCCGAGCGACAAUGCCUUUGCGUUUGGCGAACGGGUCCGGACGUCCCGACUCAGCGACAGCUCGGUCCGUCGACCGCCCAGUUUCGACUCUCCGCAGGGGGUGCAGAUCCCGAGCUUACGGCAGAGCAUCGGCGGUUAUGGCGAUGAAAAGCUCCGGUCGAAUGGCUCCACUGACACCAAAGCCUGGUCGCCCGUUGCCCAACGACACGAUUCGGUCGAUCAUGAUAUCGACCGCUGGGAAGUGGGUGCCGAAGAGUGUGUCUUGAGCCGCGUGAUCCGAAUCAUUCGCAUCUGGGGGAGUAUUGCCAAGUGGGCCUGCGCCGGAGGCAGACGAAAUGAAUCGUACGCCCCUUGGCAGCCAGAGUCCCGUUUUGCCCAGCUGCGAAGUAAGCUCGCCGAGUUCCAGGACAAUCUGCCCCGGAAUCUCCAGUACUCCCAACGGAAUACGGACACGCACAUCAUGUACAAGCACUCGUUGGCAUCCUACACCGUGAUGCAUGUCGUCUACUUCCUCUCGGUGAUCGUCCUGCACCGCGCUUACAUUCCGUUCCUCCCGCUUCGAUGCAGCGAGCCGGUCGGCCCUCUGGACGAGCCCACGUUCCCACGGGACAAGUACUCCUUGCCCGACGGCUUCUGGCGGGACAGCGCCAAGGAGCUGUUCCGGGCUGCCAGGCAGAUGAUGGAUCUGGUCAUCACCUGCCAGGAGCGCGGAGUGCUGGUGGAAACUCCCCUGGUCGGGUUCGCCAUCUACAACGCCGUCUUUAUUGGCAUCUAUGCCGCCCACUUCAGCCACAUGGAUACGGAGGGAUAUCUGUCGUCCAAACCACCCGCCACCGCCGAUGCCCCGGCCGGGCCGGGUGCCACCCAGCCACAGGCGCAGGCUCGCCGGGCGCUGGACAUUCUGCGGGACAUGCGACAGCGACUCACCAUGGCGGCGGGCUGGUUCCGGACGCUGAACCGCCUCCACAGCUACUUUGUCAAGGUCAAGAAGGACUUUCGGGCCAACGCGCGCAAAUCCGAGACGAUGCCCCCGGCAGACGGCGUGGACGGUCAGGUCAACGGCAUCCGGCCGGUGCGCGAGGGUGGCAUGGGCGGCGGGCUGGACGAAUUCAAACUGCUGGAGAAACUGUUCCUAGAAUUCGGCAACAUCGAGGACCAGGUGCCGGAGGGGGCGGCGUUGGACGACGAUGGAUCUGGACCGGCAGCGCCCUUCUCCGCCAGCGACGCGGGCAGCAACGCCGUCAAAAGCGAGUCGGGCGACGGCGGUGACUCGCAAGUGGACGGGGUUGGCCAACAACAUCAACGACGGGAAUCGUGGGUGCCUGUCAACCACAACAACAACAACAACAAUAACAGCAACAGCAGCAACAACAGCAACAGCAACAUGGCAGUGCCAGACGGCGAACGGGCGAGGCCAGAGGUUGACCGGCGGCCCAGCCUACCCCUGCCAACGUCUCGGUCAAUACCGGGCCAGUCUCCAUACCCAUUGCCAUCGCUCCAGCAUCAUUCGACCGCCUCGCCAAGCCUACCAUCACUUGCAUCGCCGGGGGCGUUCACAGCACCGACAUCGACCAGCCAACAACCGCCUCCGUCACAGUUCAUGGCCAACUCGGCCAACCGUCUGCAGCCGCUCAAUUCAUGGGUGACCUCGCACCAGCAGGCGCCGCCGCCUCCGUACUCGCAGUCACUGCCACCAAUCAGUAGCGCGACGGCGCAACAUGGCUUUGGUGGGAUGCUGCCGCCCCCGGGCUCUGUCGCGUAUUCUACUAACUCACCCGCAGCGCUGGGGGUAGAUGGCGCCGAGUACUCGAUGUGGACGGCGAGUCUGGGCGGGGACGACGUCGUGGCCUUCCUAGACGGCGGCAGCUGCGAGCAAUGGCCCAGCAUUACGAACAGCGAGGUGGGCUAUCCGACGGGGUGGCUGAGCGCAGUGUGGAGUGAUCUAUGA